AUGAAGACAACGACGGCACUAGUCCUCAAAGAAAUAAAGGCUCCUUUUUCCCUGGGGCAAGUCAGUGUCGACACUGUUCGAGAAGAUGAAGCUUUGAUCGAAAUCCACGCCACUGGACUCUGUCACACCGACUUAUCUUGUGCGGAUGGCACGCUCCCUGCCUCGGCUCCAGCUGUCCUUGGACACGAAGGGGCUGGAAUAGUGAUGGAAGUUGGUUCCGGAAUUACAGAUCUUGCGGUAGGCGAUAAAGUGCUGCUGUCUUUCGCCCACUGUCGGACGUGCGAACAAUGCACAUCCGGCCAUCCCGCGUACUGUUAUUCCUUCGUCCCUCUCAACUUUGGCGGAAAACGAGCCGAUGGCACCUCCACUCUCUCAAUCUUGAACAACGGAGAGAAGAAAGAAAUGUACAGUGGCUUCUUUGGCCAAAGCUCCUUCGCUCGUCACACAAUUGCUCAUAGGUCGAGUCUCGUCAAGGUCGGUAAUGACACUGAUCUCGCCCUGUUUGCCCCGCUGGGCUGCGGUCUGCAAACCGGUGCAGGUGCGAUAUUGAAUACGUUGGAUGUCCAACCUGGCAAGACGGUUGCAAUAUUUGGUGUUGGAUCUGUGGGCAUGAGUGCAGUGAUGGCGGCGAAAAUGCGAGGGGCGAAAGAGAUCAUUGCCGUUGAUCUUCAACAGUCUCGACUGGAUCUAGCCAAGAAGCUCGGAGCCACCAAUACUGUUCUCGGCAACGAUCCGGACCUCAUUUCAAAAAUACAGAAGAUGUCGCCACCGAAUGGCGUUCAUUACGCAGUGGACUGCUCGGGUAUACCGGCCGUCAUCGAGACUAUGGUUGAUUGCCUUGGAACGCGGGGCAAGGCCGCCACCGUGGGAGCACCGACUCCGGGAAAGAGGGCUGGUAUUGAUGUCUUUGCCCACCUCGUCAAUGGCCGUCAAUAUGUGGGCUGCUGCGAAGGAGAUUCUGUCCCCAGCAAGAUAAUCCCAUUCUUAAUGGACCAGCAUGCAAAGGGAAACUAUCCCAUUGAGAAUAUUAUCAGCUUCUACGACAUCAAGGACUUUGAACAGGCCAUCAAAGAUACAAAGGAUGGAAAGACGUUGAAGGCCGUUCUGAAAUGGAACUAA